AUGGACGCCCAGGGCGCGAUCGACUCGCUGCUGGGCCGCCUCACCACGGUCCUUGUCAGCGAGGCGCAGCUGCUGGGCGGCCUCCGCGGCGACGUCGAGUUCAUCAGCGACGAGAUGGAGAGCAUGAACGGCCUGCUCAUGCACCUUGCCGAGUCCCACAACCGUGACAACCAGGUCCGGGCGUGGAUGAAGCAAGUGGCUGGCCUCAGCCGCGACUGCGAGGGCAACGUCGAGCUCUACGUCCAGUACGUCGGAGGUGCUGGCCCCGGCGCCAGAAAGGGCGUCCUGGGCUCCUUGCUCCGGAUGCUCCGCUUUGUGCGGACCAUGUCUGCCCGCCACCGUAUGGCGACGCGGAUCCGGGAGCUCAAGGUAUGGCGUCACUGUCCCGCCGGCACCAUCUCGCACCAUCCCCGAUGCUCCGGCUCCACAGCCCGGCGGACAGGAGGAGGAGGAGGAUCUGCGGAGACCAUUGAAAGUCAAAGCGAUUAUAACAAGAGGAAGUACAGGUUGAUCUGUAUUGAAGGAGAAGGUAGCGUGGGGAAGACAACUAUCGCACAGAAGGUAUACGAGCACACUUCCGUGGUGAGGUCCUUCGACCACAUGGUCUGGAUCAACAUUGUAAAGUCGUACAGGCAAUAUUCUGAGCUUCGCAGGGAGAUACUACAACAACUACACCCUCAAAGCAGGAUGGUCAGUUUGUGGAAGGAUGACAAGGAAUCACAAAAUAGCGAGCUUCUGUUUGGUAAAAGCAUUCUAGUCAUUCUGGAUGCCGUCGGUGGCCAGGCAGAAUUUUCCUGUGAAAUAAACCGUGACUUUAGGCAUUAUGAUGUCUGCGCUAAUAGUGCUCUAAUAAUGACCGGAAAUUACUUUGGUGACUGGAUUGGUGAUGAUGCAGGAUUUCAUACCAAAAAAUUCCGUUGUGAAACACGUCCAAUUUUUUUUAGGACAAGAGCAUUGGACCUUGCAAAGGCUACGGCGGAACUGGAAACCCUAUGCCGUGUCCUAGAGGAGAACAGAAACAAUACUGCUAAGAUGCUGCUUAUGGUCUGCUACAACGAGCUCCCUAGCCAUCACAAGAGCUGCUUGAUGUACCUAUCAAUCUUUCCUCAAGGACACAUAAUCAUGAGAGCUGAUCUGCUGAGGAGAUGGGUCUGUGAAGGACUGAUAACCAAAAGAAGCGCAGGGACGAGCACGCUGCAUGAUCAGGCCGAGCGCAUCUUCGACUCACUGGUCACUCGAGGCUUUAUAUGUCCAGGAGAAAUCAGCUCUGCAGGCAAGAUUAAGAGCUUUACAUUGAAUUCUAUUGUUCAUGACUUCAUCGUUACAGAUGUAGGCUUCGUGGAUACAUCAUCACGGCCUGAGCUAGCUCACCGCUUCUCCAUCAACAGUGGGGUAGCAAUACAGGAAGAACCUCUUUCUGAGUCUGAUUCUGAUCCAUCCGGCCAUGGCAUCUUAACUACAAUUGAGUCUCUGACUGAAUCUGAUCAAUGGCAGUUUCUGAAGGUGCUGGAUCUUCGAGGCUGCAAAGGGCUGCAGAAGAAGCAUCUAAACAGUAUUUGCAAAAUACUGCUGCUCAAGUACUUGAGCCUCAGGAACACAGAUGUCGCUGAACUGCCGAAGGACAUUGAGAAGUUGCAGUGCCUGCAGACAUUGGAUAUCCGGCAGACAGCGGUACGGGUACUUGCCACAAAAUCUGUUGUGCUUCCAAUGCUAAAGCAUCUGCUUGCUGGGAAGAGAGACUCUCCGACUCCAAACAAUGACUCUGAAUCUGAUACUGAUAGGUUUGAAGAGUCGUUUGCGGCGGUGCGCCUUCCCAGGAGCAUCCGAAGAAUGGAAAAACUUGAGGUGCUCUCCCAUGUUGAAGUUGCCCACAGUGAUGAUCUGACUGACGUCGGCAAGCUGCUACGUCUUAGAAAGCUUGGGGUGAUUCUCCAGGGUAAGAAAGAAGAAUUGGAACUUCUGUUCCAGCAGAUCGAAAAAUUGAAGGGUUGCCUCCGCUCCCUGUCAAUCCAGAUGGACCAGCACACAAAAAGCGAGGGCGAAUUGCCCUCACCUCCAAAAAAUCUUCAGAGCCUGAACAUCCGCAGCAUCACAGGUGGGCUUUACCUGUGGAUUGCAGGGCAUGACCAACUCACCAAGGUAACACUGAGCGAGACCGGCCUUGGGGAAGAGGCUCUACGCAUCCUUGGCCAGCUUAGGAUCCUGCGCUGCCUCAGGCUUCGACGCAAGUCUUACGUCGAGAGCCAACUCAAAUUCAAAAAAGAAGAAUUCAAGAGCCUCAAGUCUCUAGUUGUCGAGGGCAGUGACAUCACCAGCAUCACCUUUGAGACUGGGGCAGCUCCUAAGAUGGAGAUGAUUUUCUGGUCUUUUGUCUCCAUGGAAAUUCCUUCUGGACUUAAUCGCCUACCAAGUUGAAGAAGCUUGAACUCAAAGGUGACAGCUGCGACAUAGACUCGCUGAGAGAAGGAAUUGAAUAUCAUGCCAACCAUCCUGAACUGAUGUACAAUGGACAGCUGCAACACUAUUAAGCUGGAACUGCAGCUGCAAGUGCUGCCUCAACUCCGUCUCCGUGAGCAAUCGAUCAAUUACUCUCCAUCACACGAAGGUCAAGUUGAUACAUCAAUUUAUCCUUGAAUAAAGUUGCAGCUGAAGAAGAUUCUGGCCCUCUUCUUCCAGCAGCCGCGCAUAUGUUUGUUUGCCGUUCAUUUUCAUGUAUUUGUGUUUGCUUUGAUUUCCUAUUAUCGCUGGACCUGUAUUUUGUUAUGUGCACGUGUUACCCAUAUCGCAUGAUUUGUUUAUGGCUUGGUAUAUGAUUUGUGUGUAACUCUGCUACUACUAUCUUUGAUCAUGCUUGUCAUGAGUGAGUGAACAAUUAUAUAUGCAUUUGUACUUCCUGGUUAUCCGGUGAUGGAAUCUGUGUGCUGUGUACAAGUUGAU